AUGGCCGUAGUCGGGAAUACCAUCCUCAAUAUCAUCGGCGUCGGAAUCGGUGGUAUCGCCUCCAUUCCCGCUCUUACUUCCUUCUUUCCUCCUCCCCAGGUCGAAAACGUGGCCCUCUUCGAUGUCAACGGUGACUUCAUCGGCAAGGCUUCUUCCAACGAAGGCAUCGAGGCCGGUGGCUUCCGCCGCCUCGAGGUCCCUGGCGCGAAAAGUCCCGUUUACCUGAAGCUCAAGGCCUCGGGUCACAACGCUGUCUGUAUCGCCUGGAUCCAUAUGACUGCGUCGACCACUGAUUUCCGCACCUGGAAUGCCGGACCUGCAAUUUCAUGCGGUGUCCCGUGGUAUCAUAGCCCUGCCAUCUUCCCGGGUUCGGAUUUCGAGCCCCCGUGUAUGUGGAUGAGCGAUGAUGGGCGCUUCAUCGAUGGCAUGAGUGCUCGGCUGUUAGACUUUUCUUUUCCUGGAAGUCAGGAUGCCUCGGCUCUGGCGCAGCAAUGGGAGGAACACCCCGAGACUCUUUGCCGAGCCCCUGCCCGCCAGCAAUUCUACAACUCCACGCAGAUGCCUGGCUGUGUGCCCUUCUAUCCUCCAACGAUGCCGGAUGAGCAGGAGACUGAGCUGGGCAAUGACAACCCCGAUGACGAACCUCAAGACCAAGGACUCCCUGAAAUCCCUGAGUUGGUGGGCACCUCGAAUCGCCUGCUCCGCCGCCAGUUCAUCGCCCGCCGCGAAGCCGUCAUCGAAGCCCGGAAGAACGCCAAGCGCGAGGGCCAAGUCUGCACCGAUAAUCUCGGCUCGUGGGGUCCUGAUUUCAUUUCCUUGUCGGAGAUGCUGUACUGCGAUAUGUGUGAGAAGAACUUGUGGCCUGUGUGUGGCGAUAGCGUGGAUAUGGAGGAACAUCCUGAGGCUGGCAUGUCGGGCCAGGGCGUAACUGAGAAUUGCUUUGAUUUGGGGAAACGUGAGAUGAGGUUGUCGACUUUGGCUGUGAGGGACCUUGAUUUGAGGACGACGGCUGAUAUCAGGAAGACUUGGAAGAAUGUAGAUUUGUGGAAGAAGAAGAGGAGCAUCUAA